AUGGAGCGCAAACGGAUAACCUCUCCAACUCUAAACGAACGCCUUGAGGAUGGCCUGAGUGAAGGGAUCUUGAUGAAUUACCAAUACAUGUUGUCUUAUCAAUGUGAACCGGUUGCUGAGGAACCCAGCUGCAGACUCAAUGACAAGUAUCUUGGUUCAAUUAACGUGGUCAUCACUCCGAGUGACUCGGUUUGGUCUGUUGGUCCAAGCCUGACAUGUGCAGCCACUUGGUGA